CAAUUUAUUCACACGUCUUUGCUCCCCCAAAUUGAUGAUGGAAAAGGGGGACAGUGAGUCUGGUAGGUAGGGUCAGCGGACUAGGAACAACCGCCCGCCACCUUCUCCAUCGCGGGGGUUGGUGGGGGCAAUAUUUUCCGAUCACCAUCUCCAACUCCUUCUCCCUCAAAUAAGCCCUCAAGCAACAAUCCAACCACCUUCCUCUUCCUUUUCCUCUCUCACCAACCCUCCCACCCAACUACCCAAUCUCUCUCUCUCUCUCUCUCUCUCUUUCUCUCCCCCGCCCCAUACGUUCUUCCAAGUAACAGCGUUGAUACCAGAAAAUGGCUGCUUCUUCCAUACACAGCCGGAUAAGCAUUGCUUCCAGAUACCAUUCUCCGGGAUUUGAUGUUUCAUCAUGUUCAGAUGGCAUCGGCUCACUCUCCUUCUCCUCUCGUCUCACCAAUCCCUCCCUCAAGUCGUUGGAGCGAACAAAAUUGGUACAGAUGCACAGGGUAAAUGCAGUUAUUAGAUCCAUAAGCAACUUUGAGCAAACUGAGGUUGAUAUCUCCCUAAGUCCCAGGGUAAAUUCGGUAAACCCCUCAAAGACAGUGGCCAUAACUGAUAAGGCAGUAGCUCUUGUGCAAGCUGGAGUGCCUGUUAUUGCAUUAGCAGCUGGAGAACCUGACUUCGAUACCCCAGCUGUAAUAGCAGAGGCUGGCAUUAAUGCAAUUCGUGAAGGUUACACUAGGUACACUCCUAAUGCAGGAACCUUGGAACUGCGUUCAGCAAUUUGCCACAAGUUGAAAGAGGAGAAUGGGAUCUCUUAUACGCCUGAUCAGAUUUUGGUAAGCAAUGGAGCAAAGCAGAGCAUUCUCCAAUCAGUUCUAGCAGUUUGUUCUCCUGGAGAUGAGGUUAUAAUUCUAGCUCCAUAUUGGGUGAGCUAUCCAGAAAUGGCAAGGCUGGCUGAUGCAACACCUGUGAUUAUUCCAACUGACAUCUCCAAAGAUUUUCUCUUAGAUCCAAAGCUUCUUGAAUCCAAACUCAGUGAGAAGUCGAGACUCUUGAUUCUUUGUUCUCCAUCUAACCCUACUGGGUCUGUAUAUCCUAGGAAGUUGCUUGAAGAGAUCGCUCGGAUUGUGGCAAAGCAUCCUCGGCUUCUGGUAAUGUUACAUGUAACUUUUGGCACCUUGGAACCUUUUCUGCUCAAAAACUUAGAUUUUGGACAAUUUUUUGUGGUUCUUCAGGUCCUGUCUGAUGAAAUAUAUGAGCACAUUAUUUAUGCACCAGCCACUCACACAAGUUUCGCAUCCUUGCCAGGCAUGUGGGAGAGGACUCUGACUGUCAACGGAUUUUCUAAGGCCUUUGCCAUGACUGGUUGGAGACUUGGAUAUCUUGCUGGUCCUAAACACUUUAUUGCGGCAUGUGGAAAGAUUCAAAGCCAGUUGACUUCUGGUGCCAGUAGUAUAUCUCAAAAAGCAGGUGUUGCUGCUUUGGGACUGGGGUAUGCUGGUGGGGAAGCAGUUUCCACUAUGGUCAAAGCAUUUGAGGAACGUCGAGAUUAUUUGGUCAAGAGUUUUGGAGAAUUGGAGGGUGCUAAAAUAUCAAAGCCCCAAGGAGCUUUCUACCUUUUCCUUGAUUUAAGCUCGUACUACGGAGCAGAGGCUGAAGGAUUUGGUAUGAUCAAAAAUUCAGAGUCGCUAUGCCGCUAUUUACUGGAAGAGGCUCAGGUUGCUCUUGUCCCGGGCGAAGCAUUUGGGGAUGACAGGUGCAUCCGCAUUUCCUAUGCGACAUCUCCAUCUACCCUACGGGCUGCAGUGGAGAGGAUUAAGAAAGCAUUAGUCCUUCUCAAACCUACUGUUAGAGUUUAAUCAAUCAAAUAGUAAUUCUUCUUCUUAGAUUGAAAAGAUGUGUACUUGUGGUAAUGGUACCAUGAAUAAUAAGUCAAGGGCCUCAAUCAGUACUGUAUUCAAGUAGAGACCAUGAAAAGACUGUAAAAUAACUUCCAAGAAACAAGUAUUCCCUGUUUCCUGAUGAAAAUUGUGUGUCAAAUCUGAUGUAUGAAUUGCAUUUUGUGCUGCACUGAUCAUGUUUUCAAUAUUUGAUAUAGCCUUGCCCCCUCUUCUAUUCUA